UGGCCUGAUUGGAGAGAAGGGGGGUCUAUAUGCGUCUCCGGGGUUAAGACGUGUUAUUGGAUUAGUAUGUGGGCAUCUGCCUAAGCCUUCCUUCUCUAGUUCCCUGUAAAACACCUUGAAGGACACCUCGUGUACAAAACUAACUGUAGUAUAUACCUCCACAAGCUCUUUUCUUGGUGUGCUUUCAUGGCUUUUCUCUCUAGGAUGAAGAAUGUCAAGAAGUUACAUUGUUCACUGCUUCUUGUAUUAGUGCAUGUUUGCUUUGUUGAAACACAAGCAGACUACGCCCCAUUUUUCUAUGAUAAUGGGCCCUACAGUAGCAACGGAAACCUGGCACUCUUCAGUCUGACAGAGGACACUCCUGUCGGCACAGAGAUCUAUGCUCUCAAUGGCACCGACCCGGAAGGCCAAGAGGUGAGGUAUGGGUUGAGCUUUGAACCCGGUGCCAAAGAAUACUUCAGAGUGGAGCCCAAGUCUGGAAACAUAACUCUGGUGGAACAACUGGACAGAGAGAUUUUAGAUUCUAUUGAAGUUCUUGUCAGUAUCACAGAUGGCAGAAGUAAGGUCACUGAAAAGGUCACAGUGUUUGUCAUGGAUGCCAAUGAUGAACGACCAGUGUUCAAAAACCUGCCCUCCUUUUUGGAUGUUCCAGAGAACUCUGAAUGUGGGAGCAGUAUCUACAAAGUGCUGGCUGUGGAUCGGGAUACAGGCUCAGGAGGCUCGAUCACCUUCUAUCUACAGACUAAUGGUCAAUCCAGUAAGUUUGCCAUAGACCGACACAGUGGUGUGCUGAGGAUCAAGCCCGGGGAGAUGCUGGACUAUGAGAGGUCGACAACACACUUCAUCACAGUGGUGGCCAAGGAUGGUGGUGGGAAUUACAAUGGGAAAGAACAGGUGAUGUCAUCCUCUGCCACCUUGACAAUCAAUGUGAUUGACACCCAGGAUACGCCCCCUAGCUUUGUCGGGACACCAUAUUUCGGAUACGUUUAUGAAGUGUCCGUACCAGGUUCGGAAAUAUUCACAGUUUUCGCCAAAGAUGGAGACCUAGGAAUGCCCAAACCAAUUCAUUAUUCCCUUGAGAAUGGUACAGAUGGUGUUUUUAGCAUCAACAAAACAAGUGGUGUGAUCAGUCUGCUGACUUACCCUAUCUAUCUGAAGAGGGAAAUUUUCAACAUGAAAGUCAAGGCCUCUGAGGUCAGCCCUGAGGGGAACCUUAUGGACUAUGGGUUCACCACAGUCGUUAUCCGGGUGGUAGACCUAAACAACCACCCCCCCACCUUCUAUGGGGAGAAUGGACCGCAGAACAUGUUUGAGAUGACCAUGUACGAACACCCUCCAGAGGGAGAGAUCAUCCGUGGUCUGAAGAUCACGGUCAAUGAUUCUGAUCAGGGGUCCAAUGCUAAAUUCAACCUCAGACUUGUUGGUCCUGGGCGGAUGUUACGGGUGGUUCCCCAGACUGUGCUCAAUGAGGCCCAGGUAACCAUCUUAGUGGAGGACUCUGCUGCCAUGGACUAUGAGAAAUUCCAUUUCCUCACCUUCAAGCUUCUUGCCGUGGAGAUGGACACACCAGAAAGAUUCAGCGCCACGGCGGACAUCGUCAUACAUCUCCUCGACACCAACGACAAUGCUCCCAAGUUCUCCUCCGUUUACUACAUUGCCAGAAUCCCGGAAAACUCUCCCGGCAACUCCAAUGUUGUGUCUGUGACCGCAACAGAUCCAGAUUCAGGCUUUUGGGGAGAAGUCAAGUACUCAAUCUACGGUUCAGGGGCUGACUUGUUUCUGAUUCAUUCAGCAUCAGGCAUCAUCUACACCCAGCCGUGGGCCAGCCUGGACGCGGAGGUGAAGUCCAAGUAUAAUUUCUAUGUCAAAGCAGAGGAUGCAGAGGGCAAGUACAGCCUGGCCGAGGUAUUUGUGACAGUGCUGGACCUCAAUGAUCACCCGCCAGAGUUUAAUGAGAACUUCCUGGAGAAGACCAUGAUCAUAGGAGCGCUGGUGAAGAUAGAGGCGCAAGAUGACGAUGCAGAGGGGCCCAACAAUGUCAUUGAGUACUCCAUCAUGAAGACAGACCCAGAAAACAUAUUCGACAUCAACGCAGACACGGGCGAGAUCAAGCUCAAGUCCUACAUCAAGUCCAUGGACAUCGUCCAGAACAUCACCAAACAGAAUGACUGUACCUGGUCUGUGGUGGUCCAGGCCCAAGACAGAGGCUCGCCCUCUUUCAGCACCACCACGGUGGUCAAGAUAGACAUCACAGAGGCGGUCAAAUCCAGAUUUUUCUCCUACUUCCUGAGCCUCAAGAAGCAUCCCGCAGCUGUGUUUGGGAUUUGUUUUAGUGUUGUCACCUUUGCCAUUGCAACGACUGUCCUCAUUUCCACCCUCAUUUACUGCAACACUUUGAAAAAGUCUGGCGUUCAACCUCAUGGCAAGAUCAGAAAGAUUAUACGGAGGCCUGUAUAAUGCCAUAAACAAAGCUUGCCUUGAGAUCAUCCAGCAGUCUUGGUGUCCCCCCAUAACAUUACACUAAGACUCUUACUGUUUAUAUGUUGUCUUAGAAGGACACCUGUAUUUGUAGCUGGUCAUUGUACCAUAGUGCAUGAUUUGUGUCUGUGAAAGAGUACAAGAGCACAAUAGAAUAUUUUGAUCACUCCUUUGAAAUGAAAUAGAAAUCCAUGAUAAAUGUUAUGGAUGAACUGUAAACUCAAAACAUUUCAUUUGCAAUUGUGACGCUGCAUGGUCUCAGUUAAUAAUGGGUGCCCCAUCUAAUCCUUCUGAUCUUGUCUCAAUCAAAAAAAAACAGUCAAUGGGACAGGAAUUAUCAUUCCAGACAAACUCAGAUUAGUAUUUUGCAGAUCCACGUUUUGCAGACAGAUUGUUAGCACUGACCAAGCUCCGGUAGGCGUAUUUGGGGAUUUUUGUUAUUCUAAUGUAGUGUAAUGUUUUCACACUGUUUAGCUAGCUUAACACGUGUACAGAUUUGGCUGUGGUGGUCUGGCAGUUUAAAUGUAUUAUAAUACACUUUGUCCCAAAUUCCCAUAGCCAAAUAGGAACACACACAGAACCACGUAAGGUAAUAAAUAACUAGGAUUUUCCCAUGUAUACUUGCAGUCUCCCAUUUCAGUCCAAUGGACAUGACUGUGUCUCUCUGUGCUCUUUUACAGACUCAACUCAGGGGCCCUUGGGCAUCCUUUUUCGUGCAGAGUAGAGACAAGCCUUUGCACAUCUUAGGUAUGAUCGCUGGUGUCA